GUUCAAGCAGCUGAAGUUAUAACACAAUAUCACUACACACAUUUAAAACCUUUGCAACUACGACCUAAAACAGCACCAAACAAUAAAGCGCCGCGACAGUUCCGACAGGGUAACACAUAGCAUGGCGUUCUGGGCCUCUCGCCUUGGGCGCUCUGAGCCACUUAUUAGCCGGUGUAGGCGGAGCGCCGUGGUCAAGCCGGUUGCAUGGAAGCAGGCGGAGGAACCGGCAAAAAAGCCCGUAAGCCAACCGACACCGCGAGUCGCCGAGCUCCCCGCAGCCGCGCCUGCUACUUCUGGUGCGAAUGCGCGCAGCAAGCCGCACGCGCCGCGCCAGGUGACCAUGCCCCUGCGCAAUGGCAACCCCCGGCGCACCGAGACGGAGCUCGUCCUGACACAGCCACAGCCACAGCCACAGCCACAGCCACAGCCACAGCCACAGCCACAGCCACAGCCACAGCCACAGCCACAGCCACAGCCACAGCCACAGCCACAGCCACAGCCACAGCCACAGCCACAGCCACAGCCACAGCCACAGCCACAGCCACAGCCACAGCCACAGCCACACCCACACCCACACCCACACCCACACGCAUGCCGGCUGCGCCGCGCCGCGUAACGCCACCCUUCACAUGUUCUCGCUCCUCUUUCCUACGCGCCCGCUCCUACACACCCGACCAGGCGCAGCGCGAUCUGGCGGAGCUGUGUAAUGACGACGCCGCAGACAAGGACUCCUGCUGGCGGGUUGUGGACUAUUUUACUGCUAAGCGGAAGCAGUACGAGCAGCACUGUGACCUGGGGAAUGAAAAGGGCGAGCAUGAGGCAGCGGCCUGCAUGGCGCUAAACAACUUGGAGAAGUUCGCGCGAGAGAACAUGGCCGCGGGCAGUGUCAAGGUGUUUGAGACCAACCUGCGCAUUAUGCAGCGCCAGGAGGAGAAGCGGCGCCUGCAGCAGCAGCAGGGCGCCGCCUCCAGCACCGCACCCGCCAUCCCGCCGCCCAUGACCAGCGAGGAGGCGGCGGCGCGUGUGGCGCUCAUCCGCCUCUUCCACACCCUGGACAGAAACCAAGACGGACGCCUCAGCAUGCUGGAGUUCCAGGAGGGCAUGGAGCGGCUGUGCGCCAGCGAGCUCACGGACGACGACAUCCGCAUGAUCAGCGACGCGCUGGGGGUGCACGGCGGAUACCUGGACAUUGACGCCUUCAUGGACGUGCUGGAGUCCAGCGCCUACCUGCAGCAGGCCGCUGUGCAGGGCCGCACCGCCCACGCCUCAGCAGGCAUGGCCGCAAACAACGCCUACCUGCGCCACCACCAGCCCGUGCCGCACAUCAGCCACACGCAGCACGUGACGCACACGAUGCCGCACACGCAGCAGGGCGGCGUCGAGGGCCCCGGAAGCGGCAGCGGCGGCCAGGCAGCGGGGCCCAAGAGUCCCGCCAAGGGCGGCCCCAUCCCGCCACGGAACCUCUAAGCUCUGGGCGAGGUAGGCGUGGCGGUUGAGAGAGGGAGCAAGCGGCUUUGCACUGAGCCCGCAGCACGGCAGCACGGAUGUGUGUAGCUCGGACAGGGCCUGGGCCCUUGUGCUCAGGUUGCGGUGGUGUGCGAGCGAGACGGUCCUACGAGGAGCGGCCGAGCGAGGCCACAAGCCUCGUAGGCCACAUCAGCAGAGGCUGCGUCAUGUAAGCACGGCAGGCAGCUGUAGGAGCAGGCUCGUGUUUGGACACGAGUUUGCACGUGACGCGUUGUCGAGCGGCACCGGCAAGCCUGGUAUCCCGGCUUCUUUCCUUGCUUUGGGGCAGCCGCAAUCAGUGGCGCUGCGUGUUUCGUAGCAGUGCGCGUGUGUAUGUAUGCAUGGAUCGGGCCUCAGCCCUCAGGAGGCCGUCGCGUGUAUGGAGUGCCCGGUCAUGUGUGUGACCGGCUGCGAUAGGCGGCAUGUUUUGCGGGGGUGCUGGACAACCACGGAGUCAUGGAUGUUACAGCUUCAAAUCGUCGUCUCCAUCUCUUAGUUGCGUGUGCUCAAAGUCAGUGUGUUACAGUGUGGGUACAACACGGAUGCAGGCGUCUGUUGCUUCCGUGUAAUCCUGUUGGGAGUGUUGAUUGUCAGGACGUGUGCAGUUAAUUCGAAGCCCUGUUAUGCGAGCGCGUGCGUGAAGGCGAACGUCAAUUGGGGGGCCUGUGAUACAUGGAGGGCAGGAGGGCAGGAGGGUACCGUCCGUGCAGAUGGGUGGGAGGGGACAAUUCGUGCCAGAUGGGGGUGGUGGAUAGCCGCCCAUAUGGGGGUGGGGGCGGGGGGGGGGGGGGGUAGGCAAAUACGCAUCCCCGAACAGGUUGGGACAUCCUAAGAGAUGCUAAGCCAGGACAUUAGCACACGCUUCCACAAUGAAUCUAGCUGCUUGUCGCGCUUGACGGCCUCGUCAGUAUCACACCCUGUUACCUGCGUAUCAGAACGUGCGAGAACGGCUUGAAACUGACUCGACAUCCCGUGCACAACAUCCCAUCAUCCCGACAUCUGUGGGUUUGGCAGCGCGGAUUAUAAGCGUAUUUUGACGCUAUGAUGUCAGCUCCGUACUACGUAUUAAUGACGAUUCUUGACGGAAACGUGUCUGACAAGGAAAGAGUGUGAGGGUUUCGGCGUGUACCGUAGUCUAUAGUCAUCCGAAUGCGGAGAUGCGGGGGAAUGCAUUGGGCAACCUAAUCGAACGUCCCAUGGCUGUCAUGAGCGGGGAGCGGGCGGUCUGGCUAGCCUGCUGCUGGGCCUGCUGGUGUGCACGCCGAUGCAGCCUGGGUACCCGACGAGCUACUCAGCUACUAUGCUCAGAAGC